CCCGUUGGGCGGAAGAUGCGUCACAGCCCGACACACACAUCCAGGCUUUUGGUGGGAAUAUGAGUUCACUCCUCGCAUGUUUACCUUAAGAUUAAAAGCAUUAAUAUGUGUUCUGUGAUGUCUAAUGUGAUGCCACAGUGAGCGGCGAUGUGUCCGGUAUAUAACCGUGUUAAAGGUUGCUGUGUAACGGAGCUGCAGGAGGCUUUAAAUCAGGAAGAGUUCAGUGUGUCUAUUGUCUGCUAGCGUGCUCUCCCGGUCUGUGACCGACAACAGACUGACAACAGACUGACUCUACUGCAGUUUAACAGACUGACUCUACUGCAGUUUAACAGACUGACUCUACUGCAGUUUAACAGACUGACUCUACUGCAGUUUAACAGACUGACUCUACUGCAGUUUAACAGGCUUUAAUGUUCAGCCACUACAGGGACUUUAUGUGUAUGUGUUGUUUAGUUGGUUACGAUAGAGCUCGGUUGGCAAAACAAUAAUUAAAGCUCAUUAAUCAGUCUGUCUGGAACCUGUCAAGAGUCAGAGAACCAACAUGCCAGAGAUACAACUCAAACACGUCGUUUCCUGCAGCACCGAGGACUCAACUCACAAGGCCGACAACCUGCUGAGCUCUGACACCUACAGAAAGUGGAAAGCAGCCAGACCCGGGGAGAAGCAGACCUCUGUCAUUCUGCAGUUGGAGAAGGAGGAGCAGGUGCACAGCAUUGAUAUUGGAAAUGAAGGGUCAGCUUUCAUCGAGGUGCUGGUGGGGAACUCUUCAGCUGUCAGAGACCAGGACUAUGAGGUUCUCUUGGUCACGUCUUCCUUCAUGUCCCCCACGGAGAGCCGUAACGGCACCAACUUGAACCGGGUGCGUUUCUUUGGGCCCCAGCAGCUGCAGAAGAGCACCGCACAGGAGAAGUGGGACAGAGUGAAGAUAGUGUGUAGCCAGCCAUACAGCAAGAACAUAGCUUACGGACUGGCCUUCGUUAAGUUUCAUUCACCGCCUGACAAAAAUGAUCCUCCUCCAACAACCCCCCCGAAACUGACAAAGCUGGGACAGUUCAGGGUGAAGGAUGAGUCUCCUUCAGCUGGUCCCAGCCUUCAGCCCGGCAGCCUCUUCUUCAGUCGGGACAAUGCAACAAAGUCUAGCACUCCACUCAAAGUGUCUCCUCAGAGUGAGAAGUUGAGUUACGCUGCUGCUGCCCUGCAGGCUGGUGGCAGCUCCCACUCGUCAGGACAUGCUUCCUCCUCCAGCUCUGCCUCACCACAGCCACCAGCAAAAAGAAAAUUUGAGUUCAGUAAAGAGCGGCAGUCUGCCUCCGGCCCUCCAUCCACGAAGAAAAUGAGCCCAGCUGGCUCACCUGAGGGUAAAGCUGCGACCUCCAAACACAAGCCGAGCCCAGCCAGCACGCCGAGCCCCAGCACCACGAAAGCUUCCCCGGCACAGAAGUCCGCUGACAAGAAGCGGGAGAGCCAAUCUAAACCGGAACCUAAAGCCAAACCACAGAAAGCUAAUGUGCAGCAGGUCCCAUUCAAACGGAUGAUGGAGGGGGUCGUGUUUGUCCUCAGCGGCUUCCAAAACCCCUUCAGAGGGGAGCUGAGGGAGAAGGCUAUGGACAUGGGAGCCAAAUACCAAACCGACUGGACAGCCACCUCCACACACCUCAUCUGUGCCUUCGCCAACACCCCUAAGUACAGCCAGGUGAAAUCAGCAGGGGGCAUCAUCGUACGGAAGGAGUGGGUAAUGGACUGCCAUAAGAGGAAACAGAAGCUCUCCUAUAAACGGUAUUUGAUGGAUGGAGCGGAGUCGAGCUCGGAGAAUGAAAUGGAAGUGGACGACCAGAGUGACGAGGAAAUGAACACAAAGGCGCCACAGAAGCAGGAGAGACGAGUGACCCCCAAAAAGACACCAGAGAAGAAGAAUGAAGACGAUGAGUAUGCCGGCUCCACUGAUGUGGACGAACCAGGAGGCGGUGAUGAUGAGUCUGCCGUGGACACGGAGGACGAGCUGCAGAGGGUGGAGAAUGAGAGCAGACAGAAGAAAGCAGCAUCAGGAGGGAAGACGGUGAAACAGGAGGAUCCGUACGGGGGGUCGACAGAUGAAAACACAGACGCUGAGGCUGAAGAAGAUCACCCCAUCCCCGAGCUACCAGACUUCCUGAAAGGAAAGCACUUUUUCCUCUAUGGUAAAUUUCCUAACAACGAGAGGCGCCUGCUGUUGCGAUACAUCGUCGCCUUUAACGGACUGAUUGAGGAGUACAUGACGGAGAAGGUGCAGUUUGUGGUGACCAGUGAAGGAUGGCACGACUCCUUUGAAGACGCGCUGAUGGAGAACGGGAAUCUGAACUUUGUCAAACCCGCGUGGAUUUACGCAGUCAAUGAACGGCAAAAGUUACUGCCCUAUCAACCCUACUCCGUCGUCCCCUGAACAACACACUGUGUGUACACACAAAGGUGUGCGCAGACACGCUUACACUUCAUAUCCUGACCAAUGGGGAAAGCCAUAGACACAUUUUUUAUUCUUUUUCAAAUUCAUCGCUUCACUUACAUAAAAGCAAUACACCGUUUGUAGUUCAUUAAUGCCUUUUCCACUGACUUUAUACUUGCUAUUCAUGAAAUGUUCUCAGUCCUCAGGUGUUUUCAACACAGAUGUUCUCACCUUUCGGCCAAGAUGGGAAAAAUGUAUUUUUAAUGGUGUCUGUUGAGGUUAAUGUUUGGAUAAGGUUUAGAUUUAUAUUAGCUUUUUUUUAUUUGAAGGUUGUUAGCUCUAGCUUGGCCAGAAAGUAACAUCUUCAUCAUCAGCGCGCCCUUGGUGAACAAAGCACACCGUCUGUGCUUCUGGACUUGUUUGAAUCCCUCGGUUCCUGUGCUGCAGUUAGCUGCUGCUCACCACCGGCUACCUCAGGCUCUGUCUGGAAAUGAGUUAUCACCCGGUCCUGACUGCCAGCGGCACUGAUAAGACUCUGACUUGUGUAAACGGGCAGACCCUUAUGAGAGCAGCCCAAAGUCAGGGGAAAAGUACCAUUUAUUAAAGACUGCAGCCACAAAAUGCAAAAAAAACAGGACAACUAAAUUCUGCAAAUGAAAAUGAAUAGUGUGGGGGGGGGGGGGUUGAUUGUUUUUCUCCUUUUAUUGUAUUGAAUGCCAUGAGUGGGGAAAAUGAUGGAUUUCUAUGUGUUGUGAAAGUUAGAUAAAUCUGAGUUUGUGGUUUGGUUUUAUUCAUGUUUGUGGAAUUAAUAUGAUGGAGAUGGACCGGCUCGGCAGAUGUGAGGACGUAAAACGGACGUCAGUGUUUUGCGUCACUUGAGAUUUCCAAGAUGCUUGUUAAGACACGUAGAGCUCACUGUCUGCUUGCUUGUCCAAAGCAGCUUGUUUCUCUAUCUUCAACUCUUUUUUUUUGUUGUUCUUAUACUACUUAAUUAUUUUGUCUAAAUAAAAAUUAGAUUUUUGUAUUAA